AUGGCCAUUGUUUCCGCGAUACGAUUAGCGAGUACGGCCUGCUGCGUGGCAGUCCUGGCGGGAAGCUCCAACUGGUUAGCGACUCUGCCAACAAACGUGCUGUUUGGCCUACUGACGAGCAUUGCAACUUUGAUUGCCUUGAGCUUCAUCCCUGACAAUCAGGGCCAGAGCCAGUCUGAGCCGCAUCGAUAUCCGGCAACUGACUGGAAGUCUGCUUUGCCACAGACGAACAUCAGAGCCUCCUAUCCCAAGUACGAUGAGAAGGAGCCAAAGAAGUCUUUUGAAUCGGUCUGCGAAUGUCUGAUUCAAGAGUGCACAGCGUCCUUGCCCUCAACGCACGAGUUGCCGAAGAUGGAGCAGAAGUGGAUUGUAGACAUGCUAGAGUACAACGUCAAAGGCGGCAAGAUGAAUAGAGGCCUCAUGGUUGUGGAGAGCGGCAAGGUGAUCAUGAAGUCACGGGGCCAGGAGCCCACCGAUGAUGAUCUCAAGAAGUUGGCAGUGCUUGGCUGGUGCAUCGAAUGGCUGCAGGCCUGGCUUCUAGUCGCUGAUGACUUCAUGGACAGCUCUGAGACCCGCCGUGGCCAAGUGUGCUGGUACAAGAAGGAGGGCGUCGACGAGAUUGCGAUCAAUGAUGCGUUCCUGCUGGAGAUGUUGGUCUUCAGAGUGUUGAAGCGACACUUCUGGGCUGAGCCGUACUAUAUGGAUUUGGUCGAUCUCUUUAUGGAGACAACCUUCCAAACCGAGUGCGGGCAGCUCUUGGAUCUCCAGUGUAAGAACCUGGGGCUGGCAGACUUCACCUACAAGCGCUGGGAGCUGAUAGUGAAGUACAAGACCGCCUUCUACUCCUUCUACCUGCCAGUGGCCCUAGGCAUGACGGUGGCCGGUAUCAAGAAUCAGGCAGCCUAUGAUGCCGCCCGGGAGCCCCUGCUGCUGAUGGGCGUGUACUUCCAGGCACAGGAUGACUACUUGGAUGCUUUUGCUCCCCCUGAGACCCUGGGAAAGAUUGGCACCGACAUCCAGGACAAGAAGUGCGGAUGGCUCUUCGUGCAGGCGUACCAUGAACUCUGCUCCCCUGAGCAGAAGGCAUAUCUGGACGAACACUACGGAAAGUGCAAGGUGCAGACAGAGGAGGAGAAGAAAAUCAAGGAGAUCUACAGGGACAUCGGCCUUGAAGAAAAAUACACAAACUACGAGGCCCAGUCCUACAAAGACAUCAUGGCCUUUCAGGGCCGGGUGGAAGAAGUCGGACUGCCCUGGGAGAUCAUUGAUAUCUUCUUGAAAAAAGUGUACAAACGCUCCAAGUGA